AUGUCAACAACGUCAGCAUCACCAUCUUCGACGUACCGUCAGCGUACACGCAAUGCACAAGCACAAGCCGAUCUGCGCGUUCGCAGAAAAGCUUACAUCAAGACCUUGGAGGAGACCGUCUCUUCGCUUGAGGCUUGUGUACGACAGCUGCGUGCGAGCAACUCCAACGUCUACGCCAAUGCCUCGGUCUCUGCUCCUACUCUCUCAGAGGCGUCUUGUUCUCGGUGCGAAGAGCUGCGAAAAGAGAAUGCCAGAUUGCGCGCCGUGAUAGACGCUGCGAAUUUGACAGCGGUAGCGAGCGUCCAAGGUGCACAGCCUCCCCGUGGCGCGUCCAAGUCGACAAAGAAACGACCGAAAGCAAAGAACGGCCAGAUGCAACAGGAAAAGAAUUGGAGUACCACUUCGUCCAUUACGACCAAGAAGCGCACGCUGUCAGAGAUGCACGCAUUUGCCUUGCACGUGGAUUCACAGCUCGGCGACGUCAACCAGCGCACGCAUGCCUGGCAAGAGUGCAGUCAACAGCAGCUGCAACACCCACCUUCUGAGCGCACAAAUCCUGCUGUGUUCAUGGAUAACGUCUCGAGUCUGCACGACUAUGCCAUCGAUCAACGCGUGACAUCAUCUAGCAGUACAACGCCUUUGUCUUCGUCGCGCAGUUCGGUGGUGGAGCAACAUUCGCCCCAAACGCCGAGGUCCAAUCGUCCAUUGAGCUCCUUUGAGUGUGACUUGAAGAUGGACGUCAUCGACGCCAUGCCUGUCGAAACCUGUUCGACGACCACAGCAGCAGUAGCAGCGUCGAAUUGGCCAAGCUACGCAGGCCCGAUCGUCCUCGCGCCCGUAUCAAAUGCCAUGCCGACGCCAACGGUGUUUGCCGAGAAUACACCAACCCCACUUGUAGCUCAAUCGUUGCAACAACCCGAUCUGAUCUCUUGGCUCGUCGAACACCACGUGGAAUCUAACAACUGCUCGCUCUGGCAUCAACACCCUACAACCUCCUCGGCGAGUAUCCGUGAUUUCCAUAGAUCCACCAUGUUUGUUCGCCUUGCUCGUUGUUCACGCCAUUCACCACCAAGACUGUUGUUUAGACGGACAGCGUGA